AUAGCGGCAGCUCCAAUCCCAACGCACACUCGCACGCACGCUGUCGCAGGCUGCUGGCAAGACAAGAUUGCUGCUUGGAGAAGAAAGAUCCAACCCGCUCACACUCGCUGCCCCUCCACGUCACAAGAUGGGCAACAAAGUUGGCACAGUUCAGGCGAGCCAGCUGGUGCUCUACUGGUUCCCCAUGAGCGCGCCGUGCCGAGCCGUGCUCAUGCUGUGCCGCGAGUUGGGACUCAGCACCGAGCUGCGCGUCGUCGACCUCAUGAAGGGCGAUCAGCUCAAGGACGACUUCCAGCUCAUCAGCCCCAUGCACACCGUGCCGGUCAUCGACGACGGCGGCCUGCGACUCUGGGAGAGCCGCGCCAUCCUGCAGUACCUGGUGAACAAGUAUGGCGCCAAGAAGGCGGACGCCCUCUACCCGCGGGAGGCAGCUGCCCGCGCCCGCGUGGACCUCAUGCUCAACAUCAGCCUGAGCACAGUGAACAAGGCCAUCGUGGAGUACAUGCGCCCUCAGCUGUUCCAGAAGAAGCCAGCUGACCCAGAGAAGGAGACCAAGGUGAAGGAGGCGCUGCAGUUCCUCGAAAAAACCCUGCAGGCAAACCAGUACCUGACAGGAAACCACAUGACCAUCGCAGACCUGUGCAUGGUGACGGACGUGAGCAUGCUGGAGCCCAUCGCAUACAACCUGGCGUCGUACCCGUCACUCGUCGCGUGGAUCGGGCGCAUGAAGCAGCUGACGUACUACGGAGAGUGCAACCAGGGUCUGGAGGACUUCAAGAAAUCCAUGCAGUAGCCGAGCGUCGGCCAAACGUGGAGCGCGGCCGGCCAGCUACCGAGGUCCGGGUCUGGGCGCGUUUUAGGGUUCUACGAUUGCUAUUCUUAGGUUUUUUUUGGUAAAGUCACGUAGGUAAAAAAUUACAGCUAUCGUGCUGUGACGGUUCCGUCUGAAGACGGAAGCUUGUGUUGCCUCCGAAACGUCGUGAUUUUUAUUUUAUUUUUAUUUUACUUUUAUUAAUUUUAAUUUUUUACCUACGUGACUUUACCGAAAAAACCUAAUAUGAAUCCUUGCAGUCACGAAAGCUUCAAAUCUAGAAUUCUACGAUUGCUGUUCACCGGCCGGGGUGGUACAGGCAAUGGGUUUCUUAAAUGGUUGUAAUGGAGAGAAAAAAAAACCCAAAAUGUUGAGAAUUGGAUUGAAUGCGACUCAAAGUGUACAACGCGACUUCGUUUGCCACGCACGUUUUGUGAUUCAAUGCGAAGGGCAUUGAAAUUCGUGCUGCGGUUCAGACUCACAGUGGGAGUGGAUAUGCUUUGAGAUUAUUUAUAGGCAAGUAAUGAAACUUAACUAUUUUAAACUUUUUAUUUUACCACUGAGCUAUAGCAGCUCUUUUUCAGAAGCGACCUGGCCACAAAUCAUAGCUCAACUAAGUGGCUAUUCACGUUGAAAUAUAUAGCGGACAAAAUACCUGAAAACGCCCUGAUUCUAAAUGUGGAGGGAGAAAACGGAGGAUCCGUAUAAAAAAUCCACGCAACCACAGGGAGGAAUAUGCAAACUCCAAAUAUACAGGCGUCGGCGUCGGGAUAAAACCCACGAUCCACCUGGAUACCAGGCGAGGUAGUUGACAUCUCACUACCGUGGGAGCCGCACGGCACAUCGAGUCAUUGUUUAAUUUGUAUUUUGACACUUAUGACACGUGCUUUGAAUUGUGCAUGAGAGUAGAUUAGUUACAACUUAUGCGAAUCACAUGCUGUUGGAUUUGGGCGCAAGGUUACAUUGGUUACAUGCCUGAUAUAUUGUAUAUUCUCCAUAUGAAUUGCUGCCCUCGAAAGAAUAUCAUAGUCUCUGGGCCCAGACCAAACAUUGUUCUCAUUGAUACCACCUGAGAUGGCAAAACUUGAGUUAUACCAACAUCUUUUAAAUGGGCAAUAAAACCGAAUAAUGCCAAUAACAAUAUUUUAUGUUAUUGCAUAAUCCCCUUUGACUAAGCCAUAUAGAGAACCCGGUAACUCUAAAUAUGUUCCACUACUCGUGGUAACCAAAAUCUCAUCUGGUCCAUUGCCUACACGGAUUUCCUUUUGUUUUCCUGCAGAAGACAAGCAGGUGAAGGGGGGAAUGAUCUUAUUCCCGCUCUGCGGCAAGACAAAUGUGUCGAUAUGCACGGUACAAUCUUCACGUAUGAAAUAAGAACUCAUUCCUAUACGGUCACUGGCUGUGUUCGCAAAUCCUGGAUUUGAGACCGGCAGUGAUAUACAGCACGACCCACAACCCGCCCUGGGUUAAGUCCAGUUAUGUAACGCAAUGGAGUUUGAGCGCUUUUGUAAGAGUUAGAGCAGUUGGCAUGUUGAGGUUUCACGCCCCCCGUAACUUAUCAAAUAGCCCAGGGCCAUGUCCUCUCUUUAGAUGACCUGACAUUUUAGACACAAUCACCAUACUCAAAUAUAAUUUUUCGUAGGAUUUCCAUUCAGUUUAAUUCGAUGACAUGGUCAUGAAUAAAGUUUAAAAGAGUAACUAACCAAUGAUGUGAGGGUCCCAUGUAAGGUUUGUAAUAAUACACGACUAAACAUUAAAAACACGUUUUUUUUCUCAGAUAAUGUUUACGAGUGUAAUUGUGUAAAUAACAAAUUAAUGGAUUAUUUGAAAUACAUGUCUCCCUUUUAUUUUAACCAAAGAGAAAACCCACCUAUGCGUUGAUCAUGAACAACAUUGUGUUUUUUUUGUGUUGUAUUGUCAACUCAACAUCAAGCCAGGCCUGGCAAUGUGAAACUUUACAAAUCUGGCUAUUGCUGCGGUGUUUGCAGAAUAGUUUAUCUCAACAGCAGUGAGCUUUUCAUUGCGAAGUCGAAACCAAACACUCAAUAGUGUGCAAAUACUGUGCUGUAUCUUAAGUGUCAGUCACAUGGCGGGGUGAGUUUUGCGGGUGCCUCCCCAUCCCCGGAUGGCUCGUCUUUGCCCUGUUGCGGCAGGAGUUCCUUGUGACUGUCUCUGAUACGUGGCCAAGCCCAGGCAAAAUUGGCAACCAACUGAGUUCUGGGGCCAGCUUUGAUCCGAGUGACAAACGGUCACGUGUGUACACAAUGGCACUCGAGUGGGGCGCCUACCUGCGACGGCUUGCAAACUGUUUUCGCCAUAUGAAGCUUUCACAACCUGGCAAAUGCCUCAACUCAAAGAGGCUUCGACUAUGUGGUGCUAUGAUGAUAACAAGUACUCUAGUUGUAAGAAGUUACGAAAUGGCCAUAUAAGUAAACAUUCCUUGAGGACAAUGGUACCUAAGCUUCUGUAUAGAGACUAUGGACAUCCAUGUGCAUCCUGUAUCAUGUAAGUCAUCACGCAACCUGAAUGUAGGAUCUGUCAUCACUGUAUAAACACAUUUUCACGAA